AAAAUGCGCUCGAAUUGCCUCUCUCAACUUUAGUUGCGAAGCCAAACGCCACUUACACAAUACAAUAACCAUUUCUUGCUCCGUUGAUUCAAAAGAGAAAAGCCCGGAAAGGGUUGGCUGAUUUCCAGAGCGAAAUCACUAAACUAACCCCGCUUCCUGAAUUUCUCGCCUAGCUAUUCUGAGCAUAGUUUCGGUUUCAUUGGAAUUUCGUUGCGGCAGCAGAGUAUUUUUGAUAAAGGCUUUCUGCUGCAGUUGAAAAACUCGCCGGCGGGAAUAUAUCGGCGGAGCUGGGUGAAGUAAAAAUUGGCGUGAUGGGGUUUUGCAUAUGUCCACUGGAGACUCCGGCAAGGUUGCUGUGGAGCACCAGUUUCUUCCGCCACAAGCUCAUGCUUUUCUAAUCCUUCCGCCCCCUGUUUUUAACCUUCCUUCAAUCAAGAAACAAAAAACUCUACUAAAACCAUCAGUUUCGUCUCUCCAACCUUACUAUUAGUGUGAGACGGUGACUGACGUGUCACGCCGGAGGUAUAAAAAUCAAAAGUUUCUAAACUGUAUAUUUUUUAUAUAUAUAAAGUGGGAUGGAUUCCGGGCGUCUUUUCUUCGACCCGCCGUGCCACGGCAACAUGUUAUUUCUCGGCAGUGGUGAUCCCGCCUUUAGAGGAGCGAGAUCGGUGCUGAACAUGGAGGAAACCUCAAAGAGGCGACCUUUCUUCAGCUCCCCGGAAGAACUGUUUGACGAGGAAUAUUACGACGAGCAGCUGCCGGAGAAGAAACGCCGACUCACCGUUGAGCAGGUGCACUUGCUGGAGAAGAGCUUUGAGGCUGAGAACAAGCUGGAGCCGGAACGGAAGACCCAGCUGGCCAAGAAGCUGGGGCUGCAGCCCAGGCAGGUGGCUGUGUGGUUCCAAAACCGCCGUGCUCGCUGGAAGACCAAACAGCUUGAGAGGGACUAUGAUCAACUUAAAUCUUCCUUUGAUUCCCUUAGGUCUGACUAUGACUCCGUAGUCAACGAGAAUGAGAAGCUCAAAGCUGAGGUUCUUUCUUUGACUGAGAAGUUGCAGACCAAAGGGGUCGACGGAGAACCCCUGAAAUCUGUUCCCCUUCCUGUGAAUGAGCUCCAUUCUUUGAGCUCAUUGGUUACAGUGAAAGCCGAGGAUCGCCAGAGUUCAGGAAGUGGUGGAAGUGCGGUGGUAGAUGAUCAGGACGGCCUUCAGCUCGGCGACAGUGGUGACUCCUACUUCCCGAAUGAUGACUACCCAGCUGGAAUUGGUGCCACAGGCGCAGGGGAUGGUUUACAAUCAGAAGAAGACGACGGCAGCGACGAUGGCCAGAAUUACUUCUCCAGUGUGUUUGUGACUCCAGAGCAGCAGAAUCGUGAUCAGGAAGGAGGAGGCGAGCCAAUGGGUUGGUGGGUCUGGUCUGAAGUUUAUUGAAAAUUUUCAACCCUUGUGCGUCCAAUGCGCGGCCUGUUUCUCUACUGUCUUCUUCCUUGUUAUGUACUAGUAAUUUGAGCUAUGUAAUCUGAACUGUUCAGUGAUCAUUUACGACUUUGAAGAUGAAGAAGGAAAAAGAAAAAAACUUCUGAAUCUCUAAAGCAAGUACGAUAUUAUAAACAAAUUAUGAAAAUGCAAUUAUCUUAUCAGUAAGUAGUAGGGCCGAUGUGUGGUGACCUACGAAUAUAUAUGAAUAAUAUACCAUUAAAAAUGCUUCUUGAUCUUUCUUUUUCUUUUGUUUGAUGCUUCUUUUUUUUUUUUUUCUUGUCAAGUUAUGUGAUCAUGUCCAAUGGAUUCCAAUA